AGUAAAUCGAAAAAAGAUAACAGAGGAAAAAGAUCUGAUCCCCUUUUUGUAAUCUAACUUCAAUCGCCGAUGCCCGUUCGGUUCCCAGCGACAUCUCCGUCUCAUCCCCUUCUUUCUUUGGUUUUGUCUUCUGUGGAGCAAUUUCUCAGAGCUUUCAAGGGUUCUGUAUGAUGCUUUGGAAGCACUAUUUCGUAGAUUGCUGCAUUAGAGUGGAGUUAGGUACUGAGAUCCUCACUCCUCAAUCGGCAAGAAAUGACAAUUGACAAUGGGAAGCUUCCCGAGAGAAGCGAAACUUCGACCUCUGAUGCAGCUGCCACCGAUGGGAGAUGCGAGGGGUUUCAGAGGCAACGGCCAUUCCAUGGGAGGGUUACUGGACCCACACGCCGCUCCACGAAAGGACAAUGGACUGCAGAAGAGGAUGCCAUAUUGUGCAAAGCUGUUCAACGUUUUAAAGGGAAGAAUUGGAAAAAGAUAGCUGAAUGCUUCCAAGAUCGAAGUGAUGUUCAGUGCUUACAUAGAUGGCAGAAGGUGUUAAACCCUGAGCUCGUCAAGGGACCUUGGACUAAAGAGGAAGAUGAUAUUAUAGUUGCAAUGGUAAACGAACAUGGGCCAAAAAAGUGGUCACAGAUUGCACAAUCAUUGCCAGGACGCAUCGGAAAGCAAUGCCGAGAAAGGUGGCAUAAUCAUCUUAACCCUGCCAUAAACAAGGAGGCAUGGACUCAAGAAGAGGAGAUAGCACUUAUUCACGCUCAUCAAAUUUAUGGAAACAAGUGGGCUGAGUUGUCAAAGUUUUUACCUGGAAGGACAGAUAAUGCAAUUAAAAAUCAUUGGCACAGCUCUGUAAAGAAAAAGUUGGACUACUAUCAGUCAUCCGGAUUACUUGCACAAUUCCAAGGCCUGCCUUCUGUUGAUAUCACUAGACACAUGGAUCCUUCAUCAGCAAUGAAUCGGCUUAAGAUUGAGGAGAGUAUCCUCAGGGACAAGCCAGAGUUUGAUGAUUCUUCAGAAUGUAGCCAGAAGUUAGCUCAGACAAUUUCUCCCCAGUCACAUUGUGAAUUGAAUGCUAAUUUGACGGUACGCGAAAAUUUUAAGCCAGAUGAGGAUUCUGUUAAAAUGGAGGCAACAAACACAGAGGAACAUCAUGAAUAUUAUGCAUCUCUGGGAGAUGCUGCAUAUGCCCCUGAAUUGCAUUGUUCUUGGGGUUUAAUUUCUGUAAUUGGUUCUGACCAAAUUUCAUUAGGCAAGGACGAAGUAUCUGAAAAUAUGGCUUGUCGGACAGUCUCUAACAGAACAAGUCAUCCUUCUGCAGAAAUCAGCCAGAAAUCACAAACGUUAAUGAAAAUGGCAGAACACGUUCCAAGUUAUGCUGAUGCAAAUUAUGGACACGAAUCUAAGUUGUUUCAAGAUGAGUUUAGAGAGAAGUACUCUACCUCUACAACCUCCAUGUUUGGUUCUGAGCAGCAAAAGCUUUCGGUGUCUGAGGCAGACCGCUCUACCAGUGUGGUGUUUGAGGGAAUGAAUUCAGAUUUUGCUUUUGGAGGUCCCAUCUUUUCUUCUGGUACUGUAAAUAUGAAUUGUUUCCAGGAAACUGUAAAUUGGCAAUCUGAAAUUCAAAGUUUCAGCUGUUGUGUGAAUCCUUCUUCCAGUUCACAAAUGUUGUUUCCAGCCAUUUCAUCAGAUGCUGCAGGAGUUCCAUAUCAUGAAAGUCUUAUGGUUGCAGUUUCUCCAUCUUUUAUUGGUCAAAAUGAAAGGAAGCUUCUGGGUAAAAGCAGCAAUGUUACUACAGCUGGUGCUCCAGAUUUAGAGGUUACUACAUGCUCACAUGAUGAGUUUGUAUCGUCCAGCUCUCCAUCAAUGGCAGCUGGUGAUAGCGAUAGGUCUAUGAUUUCUCUGCCAUCAUAUAUCAAUCAAGAAAAAGAAACUCGAAAGCAAACUUUUAUGGAGAUGCUCAGGUUUGAUCAUACAGGUACAAGUGAAAACCUUGCCCUCUCUGAAGAAAAUGGAAAUGAACAAGCUGAAUGUCAAAAAUCUGGUGGGCUAUUUUAUGAACCCCCUCGUGUUCCGACAUUUGAACUUCCAUUUUUCAGUUGCGAUGUCAUUUCUUCUAGUGAACAACAAGAAUUUAGUCCCCUUGGAAUACGGAAAAUCAUGAUGUCUUCAACACCGUAUAGUAUAUGGGAUUCACCCUCUCCUGAUGAUAGUCCUGAUGCUAUUCUGAAGAGUGCUGCUAAACAUUUCAUGUUUACACCUUCCAUUAUGAAGAAACGCCAGCGUGAACUAUUGUCACCAUUGCAGGAGAAGAGAACAGAUAAGAAAACCUGGAGAGACACAAAACCUGGAUUUAUGUAUACAUCCUGUUUAAGCGAGGAGUUAGGAGAAGAUAAUGCAGAUAGGAUUUCCUCGUGCUCUGCUGAGGAUUUUCUGGUGUCCCCUCCUGAACAGAAAAAGGAUUCAAGAGCUUCUGCAGAAAGUCAGGAUACUUCUGUACAAGAAGGAAGCUCUUCAUGGAGAGGAUCUAUUACCAACAGCCUUCAAGAAAAGAUGGAAGUCUCUGUGACUAAAAUCAAGCAGUGUGACCCGUUUGCAUUCAUUCAACAGCCUGCUGGGAUACUUACAGAACGAAAUAUCAAUGACCAGCUACUAUAUAUUUCUCCAGAAAAUAGACGUGGAAGUCUAGGUGAUGCUGGGAACUCUUCAGAAAACCUAAGUGCCAGGUUCUUGGGUAAUCUUUCAAAGAAGGACGGCGAAAAUGCUUAUUCUAGACCCCUGACUGAUAGUUGCACUCUCUUAUCUUCCGAUGCUCGUGAAAGUAAUCAGGUUUGCGGGUCAGUGUCCGUAACAUCAAUGCAAUGUGCCUCAUCCUCUCCUUCAUCCCAAGUUUCAGCUGGGAAGUUCAUCGGAGAACAUAAAAACCUUAACAUUCCUUGCAGUUUUGCUGACACCCCUAGCAUCAAAAGAGGUAUAGAAUCACCUUCAGCAUGGAAGUCACCUUGGUUCAUGAGCUCUCUUUUGCCAGGGCAUGGGAUUGGGAUAGAUCCUUUUCAUGAGGAGAUUCCAUAUUACAUGAGCCCGGGUGAUAGAACCUAUGAUGCAAUUGGGCUAAUGAGGCAGUUAAAUGAGCAAAGUGCAGCUGCAGUGGCUGAGGCUCGUGAGGUUCUGGCUAGCGGAAAGCCUGAUGCAGAUUUUGUAAAGAGAUGUGCAAGCAGUGAGAAGUUGUUAAAAGGACAUCAGUCUGGCAAAGGGACAGAUAUUUGUGAUUCUAUGUCGCCAAAUAAUGUGGCUUUGCAGGUGGAGGGUCGUAUUCUUGAUUUUAGUGAGUGUGCCUCACCCGGUAAAAAAAUAGAAAACAGUAAAGUAAGCAGUGUUGAGUUCUCAGAAAGCUUUUCAAGCCAAUCCUCCUAUCUCUUAAAGAGUUGCAGAUGACAUUUGUUGUUGCACCGAAGUAAAUAUGUACUCAUAUUGUUAAUAUAAGAAGUAGAUGUAUAUGCGCCCUAUAGAGAGCUCAGAGAUUGAUUAUUUCGUUUCAUUUUAUGGUAAUUCUAUUGUAUUUUAUCCAGCUCGUUCUAUCAGAGUAGUGCAGGAGUGGGCUUGCUGCAGAUUAUCGUGCAAAUACGUUAUUCA